AUGGAAAGUCUCCAGACCAGUACGGAAAUGCUCUAUCCUGAGAUAAUUGUGGACGUGGGCACAGUGACUUUUGGAGAAGAGAACAGGAAGAACAUGACCAAUAACCAGUUGAAAAGGAAUGAGAAUUCUAAAAUCAUCCAAGCCGCCUGUGCACUGCUAAAUUCUGGAGGGGGUGUGAUCAGAGCGAAGAUUGAUGAUAAAAACUACAGCUACCGGUGCCACGGGCUGGGUCAGGAUCUGGAGACUUCUUUUCAAAAGCUCCUUCCUUCAGGUUCACAGAAAUACCUUGACUACAUGCAACAGGGGCACAAUCUCUUGAUUUUUGUAAAGUCAUGGAGCCCAGAUGUUUUCAGCCUCCCCCUAAGGAUCUGUAGCUUGCGUUCCAAUUUAUAUCAGAGAGAUGUGACUUCCGCUAUAAACCUGAGUGCUAGCAGUGCCCUAGAACUUCUCAGACAGAAGCAGUAUAGAGCCCAGAGAGGAAGACCCAGGGUGAAGGAGCGGCAUCCUCAGAAGGUUCUUGACAGACACAUUCAGGAAGAGGAAGAUAUGAGGCUGUCUGCUUCAGAAUUUCUUAAAAAGGACAAACUCAUGUAUAAAGAGAAACUCAACUUUACUGAGUCGACACAUGUUGAGUUAAAAAGGUUCACCACCAAAAAGAUUGUCCCUAGGAUUAAAGAAAUGUUGGCCCAUUACAUUUCUGCAUUUGCCAACACUCAGGGGGGAUACUUAAUUAUCGGGGUAGAUGAUAAGAGCAAAGAAGUGUUUGGAUGUAAGAGAGAAAAAGUGAACCCUGACUUAUUAAAAAAGGAAAUAGAAAACUGCAUAGAAAAACUGCCUACAUUCCACUUCUGCCAUGAAAAGCCAAAGGUGAAUUUCACUACCAAAAUCUUGGAUGUAUACCAAAAGGAUGUCCUGUAUGGUUAUGUCUGUGUUGUUCAAGUGGAACCCUUCUGCUGUGUGGUAUUCACAGAGGCCCCAGAUUCGUGGAUCAUGAGGGACAAUUUGGUCACAAGGCUGACGGCAGAGGACUGGGUGGCUAUGAUGCUGGAUAUUCCAUCAGCUCCCUCCAGUUUGGCCACAGACUACAGCCUUCUCCCGAUUUCACCAGCUUCAUCUGCACUAAGAAGCUCAUCAUAUCCUAUGAAAGUCCUGGAAUUUAAGGAGGUUCUACAACAACGUUUGUUUCCAGUGACACAGGAAGAGAUACAAUUUAAACCGGAAUCCCUCUGUAAGACGUUGUUCUCAGAUCAUAAAGAACUGGAGGAAUUCAUGAAGACACAGAUAUGUCCUAUCUCGCAGGGGAUUGUGGUAUUUUCUCGAAGCUGGGCUAGUGAUAUUGGCUUAAGGAAAGAACAGAACGUCUUGUGUGAUGCUCUCCUAAUAGCAGUGAACAGUCCCCUGGUACUUUAUACAAUCUUGAUACACCCCGGUGGGACUGAAGGGCCUGAAUAUGCCCGAAACACUGCUCGUCAGUUAAAGCAGAAACUGGGAACUGUUGGUGGUUACACAGGGAGAGUGUGUGUCAUUCCGAGACUGCUGCACCUGCCCGGCACACAGUCUAGACCCCGUGGGACCCCUGUGCACUACCCUCAAUCCUACCAGCUUGCUAACGAGGAGGAAAUGGAAGACUUGUUGCAGGCCCUUGUCGUGGUGGUCUUGCUGUGCUCUCGAUCCCUUCUGAGUGACCGGCUGGGCUGUGAAUUUUUCAACUUGCUCAUAGAGGAGCAGUGUGAGUUGCUGUCAGAGAGCCUUCAGGAGACGCGAGAAUUGUUCAUCCACUGCUUCCCAGGAAGCAGGAAGACAACCCUAGCCAUAAAGAUCAUGGAGAAAAUCAAGGACCUAUUCCACUGCAAACCAAGAGAGAUCCUCUACGUUUGCGAACAUGACUCCUUAAAGGACUACGUGGCCCAACAAACCACCUGCCAGGCCGUGACCCGGAAAACCUUCAUGCAAGGGGAGUUCCUGAAGAUUAAACACAUAGUGAUGGAUGAGACCGAGAAUUUCUGCAGUGUGUAUGGUGAUUGGUACAAAAAGGCUAAGGGUAUCACCCAUCCAGAGGGGAGGGGAGCUGGAAGGAAAAACCUUCACCAUGGGGUUCUCUGGCUCUUUCUGGAUCCCUUCCAAGUCCAUCAUGCUGAUGUCAAUGGCCUCCCCCCUCCAUCUGCUCAGUUUCCUCGGAAAAUAAUCACUAAAGGGAUCCACUGUUCUCUGGAAAUAGCAAUGGUCAUGAAACAAGAAAUGAGGAAGAUCAAAGAAAAUCCUCCCUCCAACAUGUUUCUGGACACACUGGCACUCUUCAGGGAAGCUGCCUACGAGGAAGCAAUGCGUGCCCAGGCUCUUCCUGGGGUGUGUGAAACGGAGACCAACCUGACAAUAGAACAAAUCGCAAAAUACGUGGCAGAAAGAUGUCACCACCUGUUCCAGUGUGGCUAUCUGCCCAAAGAUAUAGCAAUUCUGUGCAGGAGAGGGGAGGACAGAGGACGCUACGAGCUUGCAUUGCUAAAAGCAAUGGAAUUAAUUGAGACCCGCAGAGCCGCAGAAGUUGUGUUCAGCCAGGCCUCUGGUGUUUUGGGCACUCACAUCAUUUUAGACAGCAUUCAGCAGUUUUCAGGCCUAGAGAGGAAUAUUGUGUUUGGGCUUAGUCCAGAAUGCACUCCUUCAGAGGAAACGCAUAAGCUCUCCUUUGCCUCAAGAGCCAUUAAACACCUCUACCUGCUUUAUGAAAAGAGAAGAGCCUUCUGA